AUGUUCAAGAUCAAAAACAUCAAAGGCCGCGGUGGUGGUGGACUUCCCUCCAAGCGCAGUGGAGGUAACUAUUUACGUAGAGGUCUUCAGACAGCGCGGCCUCCGAAUCUGGUCGGAAGCGGUAGUGUAGCACUAUACGCUAAAAAUUUGAGGUCAAUGAGGCUCAGUCUCAAAGUUAACAACUCCUUGAGCGAGGUAAGGCUUACAUCUCACGGUUUCUGGCUGUAUCGUUAG